CCUAUCACCUCCUACAUUCGAAUCUCUCGAAUCAUGCAUCAGCCAUCCAAGAUGAUUACAGGCAUCGUCGUCGACGGUCAAUCAUUCGCGAUCCACACGACUUCCACCUCGUACCGCUUCCAUGUGGAUGAAGAAGGAGACCUUGUCACGGACCACUUUGGAGCCUUCAGCCCCGAGACUGUCCCUCCUCCCCCCUUCAAGAUAUCCGGAUGGGUCAACAAGCAUUCACGUCAGCGCCGCGAAUACCCCGAUUUCGGGCGAGGUGACUUGAGACUACCAGCCGUCCGCAUUCAACAUUCCAACGGAAGCGUGGUCUGCCAAUUCAAAUACGUCUCUCACGAGAUCCGAAAGGGCAAGCCAGAGGUCGCCGCUCUUCCUACAGCAUAUGGCGGAGAGGAUGAUGUGGAGGUCCUAACCCUGCAUCUCAAGGACGAAUUGGCCAAUGUGGAGCUGGAGCUGGCGUACUCUGUCUUCCCAGCUGACAAUGUCAUUGUUCGAGCUGCCAAAAUCACCAACAAGGGCUCCGAGAGGGUGGUGGUGGAGAAAGCAGCGAGUUGGAGUGUCGAUCUCCCAGCCGGAGAGUACGAGAUGCUCAGUCUCCGUGGAGAUCACAACAGGGAGGCCAUCCGAGCGAGGCGACGGGUCGAAUAUGGCGUCCAGAGUAUCGGAAGCAAUCAUGGAUAUUCUUCUCAUGUUCACAACCCUUACGUCGCUCUGUUCCCUCCUCACACGACUGAGACUCAAGGCGAAGCAUGGGCUUUCAACCUCAUCUACACUGGCUCUCACUCUAUCGAGGUGGAAAAAGUGACUGAUGGACAAACCCGAGUCGUCGUUGGUACCAACCCCCUUCAUAUGUCCUACCCUCUUGCUCAAGGUGAAAGUUUCCUCACUCCAGAAUGCGUGGCAACCUUCUCCAUAAAUGGCCUCGGAACGACUUCACGGAAUCUUCACCGCUUCUAUCGAAAACACCUCAUGCGAGGACCUACCGCGGUCGCUGACCGAGCUGUCCUUCUGAACAGCUGGGAAGGUCUCUAUUUCAACUUUGAUCACGCUCGCAUUGCGACGCUUGCCAAGCACACGGCUGACCUCGGUAUUAAGCUCUUCGUCCUGGAUGAUGGAUGGUUUGGAAACAAAUACCCUCGAAUCAAUGAUCAAGCUGGUCUAGGCGAUUGGGUCGCCAAUCGAGAGAGAUUCCCAGAUGGUAUGCCCAAAUUUGUUGACAAGGUCGCGGGAAUUCCCGUGGCCCACUCGGAUGACAAGCUUCGAUUUGGAAUCUGGGUCGAACCAGAGAUGGUCAAUCCAAAGUCUGAAUUGUACGACGCGCACCCCGAUUGGAUUUUACAUUCUGGCGACUACCCAAGGACCGUGACACGAAAUCAGCUGGUGCUCGACUUGUCGAAGAAGCCCGUUCAGGACUACAUCAUUGAUGCCUUGUCCAAGGUUCUCAGCGAGGCCAAUAUCACCUACAUCAAAUGGGAUAACAAUCGAGCGAUGCACGAGAUGACCACGCCUGCCACGGCACACGAUUACAUUCUUGGGUUGUAUCGAGUUUUACACACCUUGACCACACGAUUCCCUCAUGUCCUAUGGGAAGGCUGUGCCUCUGGUGGAGGCCGAUUCGACGCUGGAUUGUUGCCUUACUUCCCAGUCAGCUGGACUUCGGACAACACCGAUGCCUUGGAUCGCAUCUUCAUCCAGUUCGGCACCUCUCUUGCCUACCCUGCUGCCUCGAUGGGAUGUCACGUUUCCGCUGUGCCUAAUCACUCGACGUUCAGGACAACAUCACUAGAGUUCAGGGCGCACGUCGCGAUGAUGGGUGGAUCCUUUGGAUUCGAACUGGACCCCGCUCAAAUGACCAAAGAGGAACAAGAAGUCAUUCCUCAGCUGGUCAAACUCGCCGAGCGUGUCAACCCGUUGAUCGUCCGAGGCGAUCAGUAUCGCUUGGCACUGCCCGAUGAGAGCAAUCAGCCAGCCGUCAUGUACCUCUCGGAAGAUGGUUCUCAAGGCGUCUUAUUCGUCUACCAGAUGCAAUCUGUCCUCAACUAUGCCUCUCAACCUAUCCGCUUCCAGGGUUUAGAGCCAGAAGCGAAAUACAAGUUGGAAACGGGUGAAACGUGGACCGGAUCAACAUUGAUGAAUGCGGGACUGUAUUUUGCCAUGAGGGGCGAUUACCAAAGUAAAAUGGUCUUCUUUCAGAGAGUGUAGGGAUAGAAAACAUGCAUCGCUUUGGCUGUGUC